AUGUUCAGGAGUGUAUUGUGAGUUGAUUACUUAUUGUUUUUGAGAGUUUCAAGUUUCUUUUUGGUUUUGAGGACUUUUUAUAUUAUAGUAGAUUGUUCAAAUAAUUCUGCGCUUUCAAACCUUAAAAAAUUGCUUUGAGAGAGGGUGCAGAACUAUUUGAAUAAUCUGAUUGAUAGAUCGGCGGGGUUUUUAAUAAUUAAAAAAAAUUUUUGUUUCACAAGGGGAACCAAUUUCAAUUUUUUGAAAUUUUCAGAAUUUUUUUUUAUUGUUAAGGGAAGGCGUAGUCUUUUACUAUUACAUCUAGUUUUUCACUUAUUUUUAGGGUUGAAAAUUACUUUUUUAAAUAAAAUUUGGCUGAUAUAUUACCUAAAAGUUGCAUUUUAUAAAUUUGAUGUCUUUAGCGUUGCUUUCUGCGUUGCCUUGGCCAUUUUUGGAUGUGCUAACGCUCAACCAGCUGCUGUAAGUUUGUUUUAUAAGAAACUUUAUUCUAAAAUUUCAAAAAUGAAAAAAAAUUAAUUUUUAUGCAAAACAUAAUUGACUAUACCUAAGAAAAAAAAGAAGUAAAAGCAAAAAAAAAGAAGAUGAAGAAAAAGACAUUUAUAAACAAAAAACAGCUUAGAAUCGGCUGAAAAAAAGUAAAAGAUAUAGUUUACCAUGUCACGUUUCAUAAUUUAUGUUAAAAUUUUUAGUGGCCAGCUACCAGCUACUCGCCCUACUUCCAAAACCUGUUUGCUCAUGCUCAAGCCCCGGUUCAAUCGCUGCCUUCUGGACCUGGAGCUCAAGCUCCAGCUAUUCCAGUUGGCCUAAACCCUCCAGCUUCUUUCACUCCUCCACUUGGAAGACGUUAA